AUGUGAUUUUAUUUUAUAUCUGAAAUGUUUUUUUCAUUAGAAAAUUGGUAAGAUUUUUUUGAUAAUGGGUGCGUGAAAGCAAUACUUUUUUUUGUCGAAUUGUGAAUGUGUUUGUUUACAUUUCGGUGAGAAGUUUGGAGGCGAGACCCGGCGUUGCUGUCUCCUGGAGAUUAUUCCUCUGCAAUAAUUGGGGUAUAAGCGUACGAUGAAUUUGUAAGCCAAGGAAGUGCCAGUCAAUAACAGGAGAAACAUGGAGGGAAAUUCAGAAUCCCAAGACCUGUUGGUACAGCAGGAACCGUCAGGUGGCAAUGUGAAUGAGGCAUCUGAUGUGUCUGAUGAUUGCCAUGACAGUAGUGAACAGCUUUCCCUUAGCCCAGCUGGAUCUUCAACUGAAGCCCCACCGUCCUAUAAGCCUGAGCCACAAGUGCCUGAUAUCCCCUCAUCAUCCGUCACACACGAUGCCGCCAACGACAACUGUACAUACAACGAUAGCCCAGAAAGAGAAUACUGUGAUACCAACAAUGAAGCAGGAGACAGUUAUGGUGAUGGAGAAUGUGCCACAUCCACUAAUUAUGGUUCACGUAUAGGCCAUAGUCGCGGUGCUAGCCAAGUUUCUUCUUGUGAACCAUCAGUUUGCCGUAUGUCAGGUCGAGAUUUGUGCCAUAGCCGAGGAGCUAGUACAGAUGGUUCAACCAUGGAGGCUUACCCUUAUUCUGCUUCUGAAAGCCGACGAGGCACCUAUAGUGAAGCAGGAACGCUGCCUAUUGGGUCAACAAUCAUCGAAGAAAACAUGCAAGGCUGGGAUCGCGAAUCUGAGAAAAAGCUGUCGGAUAGUGAAGAAGUAGGAACAACUUAUUCAAGAAAACUGGUAUCCUUCUGUGAUUGCUGUCAGUCAGUUCUGCGCAGCCAACAUGAACUGAGAGAACAUCCAACAACAUUGGAAUUGAUAAAGUAUGCCUUCACUUGCCCACCACAUGGAAAGGUUGGGAAUUUCCUGCUAUGGCUGUUAAUUGGCCUUGCCUUCUGGGGCUGCCUGAUCUCCAUCACUGGCGAAGAGGCUCUUCCGGGCGGGAACUUUUUCAGCCUCAUCGUCCUGUAUGUGUUUGCCAUGCUAGCUGGUGAAGCUGUUAAAUACAUUGGCCUUCCCUCCCUGCUGGGGAGUCUGGUGGUGGGCAUACUGUUUAGCAGUAUACCUGGCAUUAAUGUUAUUGGGAGUAAUUUAGAUCAUUCCUGGUCUGCUGCCUUGAGAAAAAUUGCCCUGGUGAUCAUUUUGAUAAGGGCUGGGCUUGGCUUGGAUCCAGUUGCCUUAAGAAAGCUAAGCUGCAUAGUUCUGAGACUGGCUUUCAUGCCAUGUAUGGUGGAAGCCUUGACUAUGGGUGUUGUUUCUAAGUUCUUACUUGACCUUCCAUGGAGCUGGAGUUUGAUGCUUGGUUUUGUGGUGGCUGCUGUGUCCCCAGCUGUAGUUGUGCCAUGCUUGCUGAAACUGGGUGAGGAUGGAUAUGGUGUAGAGCAAGGGAUUCCAACCCUUGUUAUUGCAGCAGCAAGUAUGGAUGAUGUGCUGGCCAUUACAGGUUUCAGUGUUAUGAUGGGAUUAACAUUUGCCAAGGGUUCAACAACAUGGACAGUAUUCAAAGGGCCAUUUGAAAUAUUCACAGGAAUAGUAUAUGGCAUUGUAUUUGGUAUUGUGUGUUGGUAUCUGCCGUAUAGAGAAAAGAAGAACAGGGCAGUCUACAAAUUGCUAAUGCUCUUUGGUCUUGGAAGUCUUGCCAUGUUUGGGAGUCACAAGGUUGGACUGGAGAGUUCAGGAGCAAUUGCUGUGUUAACAGUGGCCUUUGUUGCUGGUUUAGGGUGGCGUAAACCAGGAAAUGAGGAUGCUGCUGUUGGCAAAUAUUAUCGCUUCUUAUGGGAGAUCUUCCAGCCAAUGCUCUUUAGCUUGAUUGGCGCAGAGAUUAAUGUCAUGGCCAUAGAGCCAAGUACUGUAGGAUGGGGUUUACUUGCACUGAUAGUAGGACUAACCCUAAGAGUUGCUACCUCAUUCGUUGUUGUGAUGGGUGCCUCGUUUACAGUGUGGGAGAGAUUAUUUAUUGCUAUUGCUUGGCUUCCAAAGGCCACUGUGCAGGCUGCCAUUGGGUCUUUAGCCUUAGAUUACGUCCAGCAGUCUGAUAGUGAACCUGACCCUGAGGAUAUUCAACGCGGGGUGAAGGUUGUUACUAUUGCAGUAAUGGUGAUUUUGGUAACUGCUCCUCUCGGGGCAGCUGCGAUCAAACUGACAGGGCCCAAGUUCCUUGCUAGAAAACCCUCUUCCAACUCGCCGCAAGACUCAGAAACUACAGUUUAGACUGAUUGUUAUCCCUUUUCCAGAUAUAUCUUCCUGUUGUUUUUUGUAGGGUUUGAACUCUAUUCUGCUUUCAAUAACAUGCAAACUACUAGAAAUAGUUAAAGAGGUUUCUUAUAUUUAUAGAGAAUGUCAAUUUGAAAUAUUUUUAUGAUAUUUUACAUAUUACUUCACAUGUAUAUUGGAAUUCGAUAGGAAGAUUUAAUACAGCAGCUUCUCAGCUACACCCUAUAUAUUAUUUUUUUCUUAUUUUGUUGACCAGUUCCAGCAGUUCAUUAUUACUGAGACCAAUAUUUUUGUGAUAUUAUUUUUAUUUGUAAAAUUGCAAGCUUUUAGAACAAAAAGCACUUCAUUAGCUCCAUGCAUUAAAAAAGAAGUAAACAAAAAAUUCAUGGAGUCAUGUGUGCAUCAUCCCAGUACGUGAUUCUUAUCAACUAAGGUCCUAAAUUGAAACAUGGAAAGUAUCUAUGUCACAGUUAUAUUCCAGCCUUUAGAGGAGAAUAUCAAAGACUGGUGGUUACUAAAGAACUUUCUUUGUUUUUCAAUAACUUGUUUCUUAAUCUGUUCCCUUCCCACCUAAAAAUCUGCCUAUUUUUGAGUGCCAAGGCGACUCAUUCAUAAUUGGCUGGAUCACAGUUUUAUGUCCAGUUUGUGAAAUAAUGUUGGGGGCGUCUUUCAAAGUUGUGAUGAUAACGAUGCACUUGAAAAUCAUGUGGUUUGUGUGGCAUAUGUUUUGGUAUUUUCUUUGUUUUUUGUGGUCUGUCUUAAAGAAACUUAUUUUUAUUCAUUUAUCUAACUUUUAUAUGUAGCUUAACUAGCCAGUAUCACGUUAUGUUUAUUUAUCUAUUAUUAUAUAUAUAUAUUUUUUUUUCUUUGUGUUAAAGAAACAUUUCUGAAUGGCGCUUGAUAUGUGAAACAUUCCAAAAAUAUGUUUUUCAUUUUCAUUAGCAAACUUAUGGGAUACAUGGAAAGACAAAGAGAAAUAGAAAAUAUUUAAACAUUUCCCAAAAUGUGCAGACUGCAUAAUGAAAAUGAUCUGAAUAGUGUGGCAUUAUAUACUAAUACAUGUAAAAUUGUUGCAUUAAUUUUUUAUGCAUUUUUUCUUGGUAUGUUUCUCAGAGUUUUUAAGUAAGUACAGUUAUUACCUGCAAUAAUAUGACCUUUUAGAAAAAGUAAGAUUUUGGUGGUGUGUUCAUCAGAGAGAAUUUUGUGAUUAACAGGUAUGACUAAUUCUUUACUUUAGUACUUAAAUAGAUGAAGUUUUGAAUAAUGAAAUGGUAUGGGCUGUAUACAGGUAGUUGGGAUUGGUUAUGAAUUUAAUUCUUGUGAUAAAAGAGUAAAAUGACAAUAUAUAGUGAUAAAAGACAGAGUAUGACCUAGUCACAAAUAGAUAUUUCACAAAAUUUCUGUUGAAGGCUAA